AUGCUGCUGCUCCUUCUGCUCACAAAUGCUUUUGUCCUUCUGCCCUGGGCUGGGGCUGGAAGGAUCAUUGGUGGAAGGAAAGUUAAAGCCCACUCCAGACCCUAUAUGGCUUUUUUAGAAAUUCAAGGUGAUCCAAAAAAUUAUUCCUGUGGAGGGUUCCUGAUUCGCCCAGACGCAGUGCUCUCAGCAGCUCACUGUGUGGAUAUAAAAGGGAUAGAGAAUGUCACUGUGAUUCUGGGAGCCCACAACAGAAAGAGCCGAGAACAGAGUCAGCAAAAGAUCCGUGUGAGACAAUGGGUCAUCCAUCCUCAAUAUUGCCCUGAUGACUUCAAAAAUGACAUUGUGCUGCUGAAGCUGAAGAAAAAUGCUGUCAUCAACAAGAAUGUGAAGUUGAUCUCCAUUGCCAAGAAAAAUGAACGUGUGGGAGAAGGAGCUAAAUGUAAUGUGCCUGGCUGGGGACGGACAUCUCUGAAAUCAUUGGUGAGCGAUGUCUUGAUGGAGGUGGACCUGGAGGUGCAAAAUGAGAAAAGAUGUCAAUUUUCCGGUGACUACGAGCGCCAGUCUAUGAUCUGUGUUGGUGAUAAAUACAGUGAAAAAGCAGCUUACGAGGGUGAUUCUGGUGGCCCAUUAGUCUGCAAUAAGAAGGCUCAUGGCAUUUUUUCUCAUAUGUAUGAUGACAGCCUCUUCCCUGAGGUAUUCACCAGGAUCUCGCACUUUGAGCCCUGGAUCCGAAAGCAGCUGAAGAAGUUUUCACUCAACAUAAUACCUUGCUUUCCAUUCUCUGACUAA